AUGGCAGCCACCAUCGACGUGAAGAUGCCUAUUCUUCCAGAGAGCCAGCAGCUAGGCAAAGUCAACUGGUUUGACUGGAAAGGCAAGAUUAUCACCAUAAUUUCACCCUUAGGUGCAGAUCCAGGUGACAUUGCACUUGCCAUAGCAGAGCAGCAGCAGUGA